CUAGAGGACACGCUUUUUCAAUAUUUGCCAUUCUACCCGCUUUUAUUCAGUGGCCAUGAAUCAAACCCGGUCCUGUUUCUGUUCAGACUAAACGGGAAUAAGACAAGACAUCUGCAUCAGAGAAAGUCAAAAACCAAAGGAAAGUUGUGAAGUUUUGGUCAGGAUGCGGCCGGGUCUGUUUAUCUGUCCUGUGCUGCUGAUCUCUGUAUUAUUUUUUCUUUCUGGAUUGACCAUCAUCAGUGCCUGUAACAAAGCCUUGUGUGCCAGUGAUGUGAGCAAAUGUCUGUUACAGGGGCUUUGCCAGUGCCGACCAUCAGAGGGGAACUGUUCGUGUUGUAAAGAGUGUAUGUUGUGUUUGAGUACUCUGUGGGAGGAAUGCUGCGACUGUGUAGGAAUGUGUAACCCCAAAAAUUACAACGACAGUCCUGCCACCUCCAAAAGCACUGUAGAAGAGCUGUACCGACCAAUCCCGUCACUCUUCAGAGCCCUGACCGAAGGCGACGCCCCCAUUAACAUGAUGGUCGUGUCAUUCCCUGUCGCCGAUGAACUGUCUCACCACGAGAACCUCGUGUCUUUCCUGGAGACGCUCGACAGCCAGAGCCUCAACGUUUCUCUGCCGAGUAGCAGUGUCCAUGAAGACGCCAUGUGUACGGUGGUCUACUUUGAUGACUGCUUGUCCAUUCGACAGUGUAAGCAAUACUGUGAGUCAAUAGGUGGAUCAAAGUAUCGCUGGUUUCAUAACGCCUGCUGUGAGUGCAUAGGACCCGAAUGUUUGGACUACGGCAGCAAAACGGUCAAAUGUAUGAACUGCCUGAUCUGAGAUCACUGCCCUCCCUCCACCAUCACUGCACUGAAGAGCUUACGCUAUCACUUGUGUUAUUUGUAUAAAACACUUUUUCUGUUGUGCUUUUUAUGAGAAAAUGUUUUUUAAUAAAUUAAAUCAAUAUUGCUUGUUAAUUAUUACACAAUCACACAGGAGUUGCUUUUCAUCCGGUGCACAAUCCAUAGCUUUUGUAUAUAGUCUUCAUUUCAUACAUUGUUUUCUAUUAUAAAGCAAAGCAAAUUUUUUUUUCUUUUAAAUGUUUUUUUUAUAAAUUAAUUGUAAAGUAAUUGAUGUGCAAGGUUUUAGUUUGUGUCCUUACCUUUGGAGUCAUUUUAAAGCACAAGAAUUAUGAUGAAAGAUGUUUAAAUGGCACGAAAAGUACACAAUGGUUAUAUCUGCCCUAUUUAGUGUCAAUCCCACAAACUACUUCAGAGGUUUUUCUAUGUAAAUACAAACUAUGAGUGAUUUCACCGCAUUCCAAAUGUUUUUAUUCACAGAUGGUCUGUUGAUUAAAAUACCAUAUAGGGACUGUACUGUGUUUCCACAGCUGGUUUGGAGGCAAUGAAGAAAAUGAAAUGGUUAAAUUGAUCUGCAGCUCUGCCAAAGUCUGAAUUUAACUUGGCAUAAAUUUAUCAUGACAACUAGAAAGAGUUACCAUCAAUCAGACCUCAUUCACAGCCCAUCUGACAGGUGUUUGUUUGGCUUUUUGUGUGUUUGUUGUGACACAUGGAAUUUCUUCGACUUUCACCAUACUUCUGUAAUAUUUGAAAGAAAUAUGUAGAGAAGUUUAAACAUCUCUUAUAUUUUUGUAUAAGCACCUUAAUAAUGAAAUAAAAUAAAGUUUAAUAACAAAAAGUCAUAAAA